AUGGCGUCAAAACCCAAAGUACCACGCCAGCACAGUGCUGCUGCACGAUCCGAUGUGCACAACAUCACCGACCCUAUGCCUGGUCAGACGGAAUGGUCUGUUGACAACCUUCCCGGCAUCCUAUACGUUUUCAGACCGACCGCUCCCCAAGUGAGAACACAUAUCCAACUACCCACAAAGCCAUCGCUCUGGGAAGGGGAAUCGAACCUGCGCGCCCUGGAUAUUCUGCCAGACAGAAUUUCUACGAAUGUUGAAGAAUUUCGAGUUGAGGCAUGGAUGCGCCUUGAUAGGCGGAUCCUCCUGGAAGAUAUCACCAAACGUAUGAACCCAAAGUUGCGCAUAUCCAACAAUGCACUGCAACAGCGUAGCGUCAGAUUUCGCCAGGCAUUCCACAUUUUGUCCUGGGGAACUGGAAAUAAAAAAACCCAGGAGACUGCGGCAGAAAUCGACCGGAAAUUGCGAAAGAAAGGCAUUGAUCCGGCAGCGAAUUCGACUCGUGGGUUGACGCCUGGACUAAUCAAUCCAGCUCUGGGUGAAGCUGGCGGGAGAAUCCCCGUUCCCGAGGCAUAUGGUCAACGCCUACGUACUUUCGCUAUAGAACAGCAACAACUGAUUGAACAAUUGGCAACCAUGGAGCAAAACGGCAUGAUGGCACAGCUUCGACCAAGAGAGCAGGAAAUGGGGAUGAACAAUUCCAUCAUGACGCAGCCUUCUAUGGCACUAACACCUCAAACAUAUUCGCCAGAGCAACUUCAAUAUCUAGGACAGGCCGUCUACGAAAGCCAUGUUCAACACUCCACUCUGAACCAUAACCAGUUCCAAGGAAUGCCCUAUGGCCACCAGCUCACAGCGAUCCAUAACCAGCCCCCAACAGCGCACUAUGAUCAACAGCUUUCAAUCGCCAAUAGCCAGCUGUCAGGGGUGCAUUAUGGCCAACAACCACCUCCAGUAACUCAUAUCCAUCUUUCUGAUAUGCCGUAUAAUCAACAGCCUGCAACACUCGACUAUCAACCCUUUGAAAUGACUGAUGAGCAACUUGGGGACGUGCUCCGACAACUGGGCUAUGGUUCACAGCCUACAAUGGCCCAUAACCAGCCUCAUGAAAUGCCUUAUGAUAAACAUCCUGCAAUGAAUCAUCGUAAGCUUCCUGAUAUGUCCUAUAAUCAACAGCCUGCAAUAACUGCCUAUGCCCAGCUCCAAGAUAUGCGCUAUGGGCAACAGAUUGCAGUUACCCAUAACCAGCUCUCAGGUAUGCCUGAUGGCCUACAUUCCCCAGUGUCUCAUAGUCAGCACCCUGAUACGUCCUAUGAUCAAUAUUCUGCAACGAUUGAUGAUACCGCGCCAGAGACGACUAACGAGCAACUCCAUAACGCGAUCCAACAGCUGCCUUAUCCAAGAGAAGAACCCCAAGUCAAUCAACACGGAAAUGAAUAUAACCAUGAUAUGCUUUCUAGAGAAACAAGCUAUAUCGUGAUUAAUGUGUUUGAUGAGGACUAUGCUCGUACAAACAUUUCUCAGAAGCCAAUGCACGAGGGUCACAUCAUCUUCGAGAACAGCGUCAAUAGAACACUUAGUGGUGGUAGCCAGAAUAUGCCGAAUGUUGUUCAAAAACAAGAUGAUACGGGAAUGACAGACGCAUCUGAGGAUGGUAAUGAAGGAUCCGGAGAAGGUCAAGAGAGUCACGUACAGGCUGAAAAAGAAAAUGAGGCUUGUGCAGAGGCCGGGGUUCUUGAAGCUCUUAACGUGCCUCUUAUUGUAUUACUGGGCGAAGAUUCUCACUGCCAAACAGCCAAUGGUAGAGAGCCAGCUGCAGAAAACCUACUAGAAGAGUUAGCAGGAGAAAAGAGAUCUGAAAAAGACAGAUUGGAAAACGGCAGACCCGAGGAUGUCAGUUUCAAAGAUAGACCAAAGGAAACCAGACUAAAGCAAGCCAGAGGCAAAGGCACCAUACCCAAAAACAUCAGAUUCGAAAAAGCCGGACUCGAAAAAGCCAGAGUCAAAAAAGCCAAAGCCAAGAAAGCUGAAUUCAAAGAAGCCACAGCAAAUGAAGCCGAAACUAAAGAGGCUAUAAAAGAAGAGCAGACAACACCAAUCCUUGUUCCCUCUUUGCCUUGUCCAUGGAAUCCGUGGAAUAUGGACGUCAACUACCUAUGGUACCUUGAGAUGUCUGAGGCGAUGCGAAAAAUUGAGGCCGCCAAUUCUCGAGUGGAUAAAUACAUCAUAUAUUUCGAGGGUAAAUUUGAUAUGGAGGGAGGAUUUGAUAAUGUGGGUUGGGAGUUAUUUCCUUCCCUUGCUGGCCCACCCCGUACCCCUCAUCUGAGUUUCAAUGAAAAAAGUGAAAGUCCGAUUGUGUAUGAGAUGAUGCUAAGAGGAUUAAAAUAUCAUCGGGAAUAUGACCUCGACCUUGAGUAUUGCAAGCAGCUGGAGGGCUUUCAUGAGGAAAAUACCUUCUAG